UACGAAUCCCCCGCCAAACUCAACAUGACCACGCCUCUAAACAUGUCGACUCGUAAAAGAAAAAGAAGAAAUCUAUCGACGAGCCAAAAAAGACAUCUGGAAUCGGAUGCAGAGUCUAUUUUGUGCCGUAGUUCAGAAAAUGAUCAAGAUAUUCCACCCGAUAUUAUGAAGAGGGUUGGUCUUGCACACUACAAUGACUGUGAUCUUUCAUGGACACCACACACACCUCCACCCCCAACAAAUUACUCUGAAGGACACACUAUAAUUAUUCCAUUAUUGAAAGGUGGUUUAGAAGGUGUUGAGAGGUUGGUCACAGGUUGGCAUGUAGUGGGUCAUUUAAGGUUUGAUGGGAAUUUCACUGGAUUUUCGGAAUUAUUACUGUACUGUGACCAGCUUUUCUUACAAUGGGGUAUUGAUGCCGUUCAAUUUAUAGUCAAAUGUAGCAUUGGAAUUGAUGAUAGAGAGUGUUAUGUGUCCUUUAGUACUAAUCUGAAACUAUCAUGCGACUUUAAUUGGGAGAGUGUUGAUGAAUUAUAUCGUUUGUAUCGUAUUGGAGGAGCAAAAUUUGUUUGUUGCCUUCCUUUUGAUGUAUCAUCAAACCGUUUAACUGUAUUAGCUGUAUUUGGAGACUUUAUCUUACAGAAUGAAAGAACUCUUGAUGACUUGCCACAAAAGUCAUCCUCCUUAAUUAAGGCCAGCUUACUGCAGUCUUUGCAUCCUAAUGUGUUCACAGAACCACAUGAUAUUGUUCCAGGCUGUUCUGAGCUGGAAAGAUCUCUCGGAAACGAGUUAAACCAUGUUGUCACUACCAUUGCUGCCAAAAUAUUGCAGUUUUAUAAAUUUGUUCGGGUUCACCAGCAAUAUCUUUUGAAAGGGAAAGCUACCUGCGAUCUUCCUGCCACUAUUCCAUUAUUAACUGCUGACUUGUUAGACUACCAGAAGAGAGCAGUACAAUGGAUGCUUUACAAGGAAAGAGCUGACAAUUGGAGGGAUAUAGAAGAAGAGAAAGAGGAGGAGGAAUUGCAGCAUGUUUUAUGGAGAGAGGUUCCCGUUGAGGGCCAUAGUUCAUUAUAUUACAAUUUAUUCACUGGAAGAUUGUCUUUGGUCAAAUUUUUGAUGCCUUCAUAUUCUAAAGGAGGAAUUUUAGCAGAUGAAAUGGGUUUGGGAAAGACUGUUGAAAUUCUUGCUCUGAUAUUGAUUCAUCAGUGGUCUUGUGGAAGCAGUGACAUUGUUAAGGAGUAUAUUCAGAACAAUCAUAGUAUUAGUGGCAGAAAUAUAGAUGCAGAAGGUUUUGUUAGUGAGGGAAGCAGUAUUACGUUGAAUCAUUUCAAUAAGAGCAGUAGUGGUGCAGGUGAAAAUGCUGGUCCUAUUGAUGUUCAAAAUACUGGAACAGAUAAUCUGCAAGGACAGUUGUUAGCAGGGACAGAUGUUAGCCAAGAGGAAGAGGAAGAGACACUGUGUACUUGUGGCAACCCUUCCAAUCUCUAUGUUCAGUGUGACAUAUGCUCGUUAUGGUGUCAUGCUCCAUGUGUCAAUUAUGUUAAGGAGAAAUGUGAAGAUUUUAUUUGCAUCAAAUGCCUGUAUAUUAAGCCAAUUGAUUGUGGUUCUACUCUUGUUAUUGUUCCAGAGACUCUUCUCUAUCAGUGGUUGGCAGAGAUUUCUAAGCACACUGUUAUGGACUCUGCACAAAUAAUGGUCUAUAAUGGUGUAUUUAAGGAAUACAUUAACCCACUUCACUUAAUUUCUAAAGAUAUAAUACUAGUUACAUAUGAAACGAUUAGAAAGGAAUUAGAUCGGGUUCGUCAUCAUGAAUUUUCUAUAAAACUUCGUCGUCCUAAAAGUUAUGCAUACCCUCCCAGUCCUUUAUUGGCCAUUAAAUGGUGGAGGAUAUGUUUGGAUGAGGCCCAAAUGGUUGAAUCUUCACAUUCAAAAGCUACUGAAAUGACUUGUAAACUUUUGUCACAAAAUCGAUGGUGUGUCACUGGUACUCCUGUUGAAAGAGAUUUAAGAGAUUUGUAUGGUUUGGUAAAUUUUUUGGAUUAUCGUCCAUAUUCUGUAAAUCACUGGUGGAACAAGCUGAUCCUACUUCCUUAUUGUAAAGGGGAUCCUAGACCAAUAGUAGCUUUGUUUUCAAAAAUGAUGUGGAGAAAUUCUAAAGAAGAUGUCGCUGAUGAACUUAAUUGGCCGAAACUUGAAGAGCAGGAACAUUCACUGUCACUGAGUCCUGUAGAGGCUUAUUAUUAUCAAAGACAAGAAGAAUUUUGUUUAAAGAUGUUUAAUGCAGUGUCGAACCAGGUAAGUGAAGCUAGUACCAGCUUGUCUGAUUUGGAUAGCACCCUUGUCAAUAAACUGUUAAGACCACUUCAUAAGCUUCGACUAGCUUGUUGUCAUCCCCAACUUGUAAAGAACGGUUAUAUUAACUUUUCAUCCUUUAAAAAGAGGUACAUGUCAAUGGAAGAAUUGCUAAAGAAAAUGAUUGUGCAAGCAAAGCAAGAAGGAAGGGAAAGUUUGCGGCAGUUAGUUGCUGCAAUCAAUGGAAUGGCUGGCAUACAUAUCUUAAAUGAAAAAUUUCAAGAUGCAGUGGAUGCAUAUAGAGAAGCGAUGUACACCUGGAACAAUUAUAAAGAUGACUAUGAAUGUGAUAGACUUCAACGUAUUCACACAAUGGAAAACCUUUCAAAUUUAAUAAAAGAAGGACACUCCUCUCAUUGUUGUGCUGUUUCUGAUGAUCAGUUGGACAGUUUAGCUGCUAAGCUAAGGUCUGAGUACAUUAAGAAGCAGCACAACAAUGUAAAUGCUGCUGUUCGUGCACUGUCAGUUGCUGCAUCUACUGUGAAAAGUUCACUAAAUAAGGCUUACACAAUUCAAGAUGUACAUUUGAAGAGCGAAGUAUUGCCACUAGAUAAUAUUUGUCAUGGCCCUAAUGAAGAAGCAGAAGUACAUGUACAUGUUGAAGAGGCAGAUGAUAAUAUUGAAAUUAAUGCUGAAGAUUUGGUUGAGGACACUGAUGAUGAAUUGAAUGACGAUGUCGAAGAAGCUGACAAGGAAGUUGAAGCUAAAGAGGUGGAACAUUUCACAGUUACUGUAAUUAAUAAAGCUCCUGAAUUUCAUUGGUGGUCAUCAGCUGUUUCCUGGUCUAUUGCUAAUGACUUAAGCUCUGAAUUAUUUUCGUCACUUCAGUAUGAAUUAAAUCUUUUCCCAGACUUUAUUUUUGGAUUUCAUUCAUUGAUUGGUUUCCAAUAUUCAGUGUUGAACUUCAUCGAUACUUUACAAAAUGAAAGGGAACGAAUUUUGCAUAUGUUGAAUAAUCUGACUCACUCUACAACUGAAUCUGAUAUAGUAGCUGCUACACAGUGUCACUUCAGAAUUAUCCAGGGAGCAGCACUUUGCUUGUUUUGCAAAGCUGAGAAUGCUUUAAAGAAUUAUGAGAAAUUGUUAUUCAGUCAAUACCAAAUAAGGACUGAUGACAAUGCAUCAUCUCGUUCAUCAAGUGUCUAUGAAAGGCUACUAAAGUGUAUGCUCUCUUUCCUCAUCACUAAAAGUGGCCCCUUGUCCCUGAUUGAGUCAGGUAAAAGUUAUAUGAAUUAUUUAGAGUCCUUAAGGAAUGAAUUUAAAUUUGUGACACGUUUAUGGAUGGCUGCCGAGCAACAGAUCAGAGCUUAUGAUGAAUUAAGUAUGGCUGCCAAACGCUUUAAACUACUUCCCUCGAGUGGCUCUGAUCAUAUGCAGAUUAAUGACAUAUUUUUAUCACAUUCAGAACUUAGCUCAAAAAGACUGGAGUUUGAGUCUGAUGCUAAGAUGUCUAAGUUGUCACUAGAGAGAAAUUUGAGACAACUAACUUACCUUCGAAACCUGACAAAGACAAAUGACAGUGAAGAGCCUUCCAAUUGUCCUAUAUGUACUGGCCCUCUUCAACGUAAUGACGGGUGGGCUGUGCUCCCUUGUGGGCAUUGUUAUUGUUUGGAGUGUAUAUAUUCCUUAAUUUGUCGUCAUGCUCCUUCAUCACAUCAACCAGUUUUUCUUCAAAUUGAAGAAGCUAUAUCUCGUAAAGUGCAGCUUUCAUGUCCAAUGUGCCGUGAGAAACUUUCGUCUCAUGAAAUUAAUUUUGUUAAGUCAUCACUACUUGAGGAAGAAAGUCUUCCAUUACUUAAGGGAAGCUAUUCUACUAAGAUAGCUGCUGUGACUGGGAUAUUACUAAAAAUAAAACAAAAUGAACCAAGCACUAAGUCACUGGUGUUCUCUUCAAGCAUGCAAGUACUGAAUUUUAUUAGUCAUGCUUUAUUUGAGAAUGAUAUAGAUCAUGCUUUUUUGACAAACAAAAAGCAAUACCAGGUGAAUUUGAAGAAGUUUAAGACAAGUUUAACGCUUAAUGUAUUAUUGAUGCACUUGUCAUCUGGAUCAAAGGGAUUAAACAUUGUUGAAGCUACUAGGGUAAUACUUGUUGAGCCGUUUCUUAACAUUGGUGCUGAGUUACAGGCAAUUGGUAGAGUACAUAGAAUGGGACAGACAAAACCUGUUGUAGUUCACAAGUUUUAUGUGAAGAACUCAGUAGAGGAAAGGAUUAAAGAAAUGAUGAGCAACAGUGCGGAAAUGGCUACAUCUCUUAGUGCAAAAGAUAAAUAUGGCUUUACUGUUGAUCAACUAAAGAAGUUGUUUUGCUGAUAAUAAUAGUACUGCUAAUUAUUAUUUACUGUUAAAUGUACUUCUGAUUUAGUUCAUGAUAAUAUUAUAAUCAUCACUA